AUGAGUGUGCCCUUGCUUGCCGUGGGGUUUCAGCGUGUGCUCUUCUCUCCGCAGGACGACAUCAGUGCUGCUCAUGUGACUUCAGCAGAGGGUUCCGCUCUAACCACCCGGCGGUCCUCACUUCAACAACAUGACUCACCGCGGCCUGCCCCUGCAUCUCCUGCUCCUCUGCUUCUCUAUGCACGGUGCCUCGACACAAGGAGAAGAUUUCUAUGA